AUGCAAUCGCAGUCCGUCGACUCACCCACUCGACUCGAACAGGCAGUUCGCACAAGUGAGCAACUCAGAAAACCAUCGACGCGGUCUUCUCGACGAUCGUACGCGGUCGCGAUGCAGCUAAAAGCCGAUCAAGUGUCGCAGCGAGCGAAACGAGAGUCUCGGGAUCUCUCGAAAGAAGUGCGUCUCGAUCAACCGAUGCACCCAAGUCGGCCGCAGCAGCCACCUCGACUAUCGAAAGCUCAUCGGCAGCGACAGGAGCGUCCACGCACGCAUACUAAGCAGAGUCCGGAGCACUUGUUGACGCCGAGACGAGCGUUGCGGCUCUCGCAGCUGCAUUCGCAGCCAUUCGAGAAACCAAUGCCGCUGUUGCCCAAUGCGAUUUGCCCGUCGCUCGAAGGUGCUUUGGACCAGAGCAUUGGCGCUGAAACUAUCGAUGGCAGUCAAGGUCUGGUCGAGCUGUCGCCUGCUCGGCAUCGAGAGAUCAUGUUGUGUGUGCACAACUCGCUCACGAAUGUCAGGACUUCGAGGGUACCGGGUGAUACGAGCCACGCGUCCUGGAAAGUCAAGUUGCACAAGAAGAAUGUUGCGUACCAUAUUGACGAGACUAGCGCCACACCCGGGCAGACGAGAUGCUGCUCAGUGGGCUACACGCAUGCAAAGGUGGACGAGUUGGUGGACCUUUGUCUUCCAGCGGAGAAGGACGCGAUGCUUCAGCACAACCAGAUCCUUUUCGACAAUGUCGUGAACGCAGACGUGUUCUCAACCCUUCGGGGUCCGACUGAAGAGCGGCCAGGGAGUUCCGUGUACGUGCGGCGCCUGAGUUUCCAGACUUCCAGACCUUGGCGGAGUCGCGAAACGUACGCGAUUGUAGCCACCGAUAUCAUGCCUCAAUCGGACGGAUCGACCGUCGGCUACUGUCUGUGGGAGGCUAUUGACGAUCGCGACAUCGAAGAGGCUGUCAAGACUACCCGUCUUGAGCAGUCGACUUGCUUUCGCUCGGGAUUCUACUUCCGACAGCCAGGACGAACCGAGUCAACGACUGAAGACUUGACCCAAGGUCAGACUGAGAUCGUGUACAUGGUCGGCGUCGGAAGCGGAGCCUGGUCCACUUCUCGGUUAGCUCUGGAAAAGCAUGGAUCAGGGAUUCAUCGUCUGUGCUCCCAUUUCCGCAACAAGUACCUGGACCCGUCGACAUUUGUCGUCGAGACGCAGCGGGGGUCCAAGUGUUCUGCCAAGAGCUGCAAGGGGUGUGCGAAGCGAUUCCACUUGCUGUCGACCCGCGUGAACUGUCACGCUUGCGGCCACGUCGUGUGCCGAUCGUGCGCUUCGAAGGAGUCAGAUGCGCAGCACGUUUGCGUGGGCUGUCUCAAGAAGGCUGGUCUCCCUGUUCCUGCGUCGGUAAAGAAGACGCAGAGGAAAGACGAGAGGCAGAAACAUGCGCCUUCGGCGACUACAACGGCACUUGGACAGUCUUCCAUUGCGGUCGUUUACACCGACCUCUACGAUAACGAUGGCACAGACGCUGCAGAAUGGGCCAUCUCGACGGUAGGCGUUCCCGUCCAGCUUCUGCGAAAGGCAGUUUGUGUUUGA